UUCCCUCUCCCAAAUAUUUAAUUCAUUUACAAAAAUAAUAUAAAACUAAUUAUUUUUUUGGACUUCAGCCCCAAAAAAUGAUGAGCUCCAAAAUUUGACUUGAUUUCUUCACAGUUGUACACCGGCUCAUUACAUUACAGCAGCAGUUUCCCUCUUUCAUCACCUUCAACAAAGCUUUUGCGCAGGACCAGUUUGUAGGGAGCUUAAGGUGACAAUGGAAAGCCAGGACAGAGAUGAAAUUCAUAAUUGUGUGAUCAAGCUGAGAGUUAAUCCUCAAAAGCGAAGGGAGAAGGUUUAUAUUGGCUGUGGAGCUGGGUUUGGAGGUGACAGGCCAAUGGCUGCUCUUAAGUUGCUUCAGAGAGUUAAAGAGCUAAACUAUCUAGUACUGGAAUGCCUAGCAGAGCGUACUCUUGCUGAACGGUAUCAGUUUAUGGUGUCUGGUGGUGAUGGUUAUGAUUCUUGGAUUUCGCAUUGGAUGCGUUUGCUUUUACCUUUGGCUAUGGAGAGACGAACUUGCUUAAUUACGAACAUGGGUGCAAUGGAUCCUUGUGGUGCCCAAGAAAAGGUUAGGGAAAUAGCUAGCAGCCUGGGGCUUAGUGUCUCUAUUGCCGUGGCUCAUGAGACUUUUGUCACAGAAUCAGGAUCACCAUCCUCACUCGAGAAGUCAUAUUUAAUGGGAGGUGGUGCUAGUACAUAUCUGGGAGCUGCUCCUAUUGUUGAAUGUUUGGAGAAGUACCAGCCAAACGUGAUAAUAACUUCCCGGGUUGCAGAUGCUUCCUUAUUCUUAGCACCAAUGGUCUAUGAACUAGGUUGGAAUUGGGAUGACCUACAGCAUCUAGCACAGGGGUCUCUGGCUGGCCACCUUCUUGAGUGUGGUUGUCAACUCACAGGGGGGUACUUUAUGCAUCCAGGAGACAAGUAUCGAGACAUAUCGUUCCCUCAGCUCCUAGAUUUGUCACUUCCUUAUGCUGAAAUUUGUUUUGAUGGAAAUGUAUGUGUGGCAAAGGCAGAAGGUAGUGGUGGGGUAUUAAAUGUCAGUACUUGUGCUGAACAACUUCUUUAUGAGGUUGGUGAUCCAGGUGCUUAUGUCACCCCUGAUGUGAUCAUUGAUAUUCGGGAUGUUUCAUUCCACCCAUUGUCAAGCUCUAAGGUUCUAUGCAUUGGGGCAAAACCAUCUGCUGCAUCAGUGCCUGAUAAACUCCUGCGGUUGGUUCCAAAGGACUGUGGAUGGAAAGGAUGGGGAGAGAUAUCCUAUGGAGGAUAUGAAUGUGUUAAACGUGCUCAAGCAGCUGAAUUUCUGGUUAGAUCAUGGAUGGAAGAAGUAUUUCCUGGUGUUGACUGCCGUAUACUUUCUUACAUAAUUGGACAUGAUAGCCUCAAGGCAACCAGCAUUGAUGAUAAUGCUUCAUUGUUGAAAACCAUUGAAGAUAUUAGGUUACGCAUGGAUGGAUUAUUUGAGUUUAAGGAACAUGCAGUCCAAUUUGCUAGAGAGUUUUCAGCUUUAUAUACAAAUGGACCGGCUGGUGGUGGUGGCAUCAGCACGGGACAUAAGAAAGAGAUUGUUCUUCAAAAACAAUUGGUUGAUCGUGAACAUGUUCUAUGGCAAACUGGAGUGAAAGAGUCUCUAAUAAUAGAAUCCUGUGGCCAAGGAGCUGCCGUCGAAAGUCUAACAAAAACACAUGUUUUGCAUGAAUCUGUAUUGCCACCAAAGACACAUGCUGAUACUAGUAACCUUUUCAUGGAUUUACCGUCUCCCAAAAUCAACCACUCUCCUGCUCCAUCUGGCCAGAAGAUUCCACUCUAUGAUGUAGCACAUAGUAGAGCUGGUGACAAAGGAAAUGACUUGAACUUUUCCAUUGUCCCACAUUUUGCUCCAGAUAUUGAGCGGUUGAAGUUGAUCAUAACACCCCAAUGGGUAAAGGAAGUAGUCUCAACUCUUCUAAAUACCUCCUCAUUUCCUAAUUCAGAUUCCAAUGAUAAGGACAAAUGGGUCGAUGAACAUGUCGAGGUGGAAAUAUAUGAAGUUAAGGGAAUACAAUCUUUGAAUGUUGUGGUACGAAACAUUCUCGAUGGUGGUGUCAACUGCUCUCGAAGGAUUGACCGGCAUGGAAAGACCAUCUCAGAUCUCAUAUUGUGCCAGCGAGUUGUAUUGCCUCCCUAAUAGGGUGGUGCAAGCUACAAUGUAGCACGCUUUGUUCUUAUGGGGUGAACAAUCUGCAGUAUUACCUUUCUUCCCCUCUUAUUUUGAGUAUGUUGUACACAUUACAAUGUUAAAACUUUGUCAUACAAUAAGUGUAAUGGAACUUCGGAGCUGCUAUUUGAAUGUUUAAGUACAUUGGAUCUUGUUUCUGGUAA